GAAAGCAAUCAAAAUAUGAAAAUUUACGAUUGUUACAGCCUUUACAGUUUACAAUUCUUUCCUUAGGAUUUUCCAAUCAUGUGCUUCUUCAACACCAGACAGUGCGAACUUUCUUAGUUCCUCCAAAGCCUCUGUUCAACGGUUCAACCCCACCAACAAUCUUAAACCCCCACAAUUUCUCGUUGUAUAUUUUCACUUGUAUUUUCGUUAAAUUCUAUGUACUGGUAGGACAACUCCCAGGAUUGCUGAAGUAGCUGAUUGCUUGGCUCUUCUUUCGUUUGAAGUGACACCUUGUGCCUGCAGUUAGAGUUUGUGAAGUACCCAUCAUUGCGGUGCGUGUUCUUUGCCUUCAGUUUCAACCCCUUGAUCUGCUUAACGUUAACUUCGCCUUGAUUCUUGUAUUGGGUUGAGGGUAAAGAAGCUUUAAACUUUAACAACUUUGCUCACCAAACGUUCAACGCGUUUUAUUGACUGGUUGGUUGGUUUUGUGUGUUUGCUAAGCACAUUGAGCAUCGGAGGGCUUAAAUUAUAGUUUCUUUUGGACUUGGAAGUCUGCCUAUAUUGUCUUUCCUACCUUCUUCAGCACAUACAGUGCCAAUUUUCGCGGAAAAAUUGAUUAUUUGAAUGCUGGGAAUUGUUGUUCAAGAUUUUUUAAGUGGUGUGUCUGGUGAGGUUUGCUUGUGGAUUAUGUUUUGUGCAUUUCUGGGCCCUAGUCUGUAGUGAUUGUGAGAAUUUGGAUAUUGGGAUCUCUAUUAAAUGGUUUGAAUUUCUGGGGCUGGUGAGUUUUACUUGUUGAUGUGUUACUAUACAUCUUCAGCUUUAAUUAUCGGUGAUUCAAGAAUUUGGAUAUUGGAGAUUGAUAUUAGGUUCUGGGAGUUGUGGGUUCAGUGUGUUUCAGUUUUUGAAGCUGUGCACUAGGCCAAAUGGGAAGUAAUGGGGUUGAUCAUUUGUCAAAAGAUUUAGUAGAAGAAGGUGUUAGCAACCAAGAAGUUGAUAUGGAUUCUGGGCAGACUCGUAGUGUUGAUGAAUCAGUGUCGGAAAAGGAGUCUGCGGAUGAACGGUCUAAUGCAGGUUCUUUUCAGGAGGCAGAUGAUCAGAACAAUUCAGUGCGGCAGUCGGCUUUAGAGAUUUCUCAGUCGAAAGAACUGAAUGUUUGUUCUUCACCUCGAAGAGGCCUGGAUUAUUGUAUCACUGCACCUAUCAGCAUUAACAGAAAUCUGCUAAUUGAUGACAAUGAGGUUUCAUUCUCUAGAUCCAUGACGGAGAAGAAGGAGGCUCCAAGGCAUGAUAUAAAGUUGGAUAGACUGUCAGAGCGUGAAAAGAAAAAGCUAAUUGUGAACCUAGUCAAGAUACAAAAUGAUGGGACAGUAGAAGUUGAUAUCACUAAAGGUGCACCUGUUGCUUCAGAGUUGUUGGAGCUUCACACUGCUGAAAGGGCACCCAUAAAUGUUGUUGAUCUCACUUCUGAAUCGAAUAAAUCAAUUCCCAGGUUGAAAAUUGCCAUUCUUGUGGUUGGAACAAGAGGAGAUGUACAGCCUUUCCUAUCUAUAGCAAAGAGACUUCAGGAGUUUGGUCAUCAUGUAAGGUUGGCUACUCACGCUAACUUCAGCACAUUUGUAAGGUCGGCUGGGGUGGACUUCUAUCCUUUAGGUGGUGAUCCUCGGGUUUUGGCAGGAUAUAUGGCCAGAAAUAAAGGUUUCAUACCAUCUGGACCAGGAGAAAUAUCCAUACAAAGGAAGCAACUGAAGGCCAUUAUUGAAUCUCUCCUUCCAGCAUGCACAGAACCAGAUUUGGAAACUAGUGUCCCUUUUAAAGCUCAGGCAAUUAUUGGAAACCCUCCGGCUUAUGGACAUGCACAUAUUGCUGAAGCUCUUGGUGUACCCCUUCACAUUUUCUUCACAAUGCCUUGGACGCCGACUUAUGAAUUCCCUCACCCAUUGGCACGUGUACCUCAAAGCGCUGGUUAUUGGCUUUCAUAUAUUGUUGUGGAUUUACUGAUUUGGUGGGGCAUAAGGGGAUAUAUUAACGACUUCAGGAAACGGAAGUUGAAGCUUGCUCCUAUUGCAUACUUCAGUACGUACCAUGGGUCAAUAUCUCAUUUGCCAACAGGCUAUAUGUGGAGUCCCCAUCUAGUGCCAAAGCCAAAAGAUUGGGGCCCUUUAGUUGAUGUUGUUGGUUAUUGUUUCUUGAACCUUGGGUCGAAGUAUCAACCUCAAGAUGAGUUUGUUCAAUGGAUUCAAAAAGGAUCUGAACCGAUAUAUAUUGGAUUUGGGAGCAUGCCUCUCGAAGAUCCCAAGAAAACGACAGAUAUUGUAUUGGAGGCAUUAAAAGAUACAAGGCAAAGAGGAAUAAUAGACCGAGGCUGGGGAGGUCUUGGGAAUCUUACAGAGGUUCCUGACAGUAUUUUCCUCAUAGAGGAAUGCCCUCACGAUUGGUUAUUUCCCCAGUGUUCUGCCGUGGUUCAUCAUGGUGGUGCUGGAACCACGGCUACAGGGCUAAAAGCCGGGUGUCCGACAACCAUAGUUCCAUUCUUUGGAGAUCAGUUCUUCUGGGGCGAUAGAAUAUAUCAAAAAGAGCUGGGACCUGCACCAAUUCCAAUAUCUCAGCUCAGUGUCGAGAGCCUUUCAAAUGCUAUAAAUUUCAUGCUCCAUCCAGAGGUUAAAUCUCGAGCAAUGGAACUGGCGAAGUUGAUAGAGAAUGAAGAUGGUGUUGCGGCUGCAGUUGAUGCAUUUCACCGGCAUUUACCUUCAGAGUUACCCAUUCCUACUGCAUCAUUUGAGGAAGAUGAACAACUAAACCCUCUGCAAUGGUUUUUUCUACAAAUUGGAAAGUUGUGCUGCCUGCCCUGUGGUUGGUAGAGUUCUUGCUGUAUUUUGUAGUGUUUGUAUAGUUGUGUCCCAUUUUUUAUUUUUCAAGUCAUUUAUAUCAUUUUUCCUUCAAUUUCAUUCAUUUCAUUCAAGGGCUUCCCUUAGGGUUUGAGUUAACGAAAAUUUAGAUAUGAGUGAUAUUACAGGAUAGCAUAGAUUUUUCUCCCAGCUUGCCUAGCAGUGUUUGGCUUCUUUCUUGAUGUAGAAUAGAUAUAUAUAUGAGUUAACUUUGGUCAUAUAAGACCAUUUUGUGGGC